AGCAGGAAGCGCACAUUUUAGGGGCGGACAUUGGGUUUUAUUAACUGAAUUUCUUUGGAAUAUCUCACUGAAAGUCAUUUGUCUUUGUCUAGCAGGAAAUAAUCUCUAAUGUCUCUUUAAUUUUUCUCGAAGACAAUAUCUUUCAUUCAAUGCAUCCUGCCCUGUUGCACUAAGUAACUGUCAAUCAAGUGCAGUGUUCCUCAGAAGAGCACCGCAGCUUAUGUGGAGAUGGAGGAACGCGCUCGGAGCUGCCUGCUGCGCUCCAAAGACACUCUAGAGCAGGACAUUAAAGCCUCCUACUUGAUGGACCACAUGGUCAGCGACGACAUCUUGACGAAUGAUGAAGAAGCAAGGGUGCUUGGCAAGCCUACUAGAAGAGAGCAGGCCACAGCCCUGCUAGAGGUGCUAUUGAGGAAAGACAACAGGGCCUACAUCUCCUUCUACAAUGCGCUGGUCAGGGAGAGUUAUGGAGAUCUGGCCAACCUCCUCCAUAGUGACUUGCCUCUCCUCAGCCCUGAGGGAGAGCGAAGCUUUGCUGAUGGAGUGUCUCCCUCUGUCCAGGCAAUUCUGAGUGAAGGUGGGGUGCCUCAGAGACCUGUGGUGUUUGUGAGCCGACCCACUCUGCUCAACCUGGUCCGGGAGAAGCUGUACUGGCUGAAGAAUACACCAGGCUGGGUCACUGUGUUUGGCAUGGCGGGCUCAGGGAAGUCUGUGAUGGCUGCCGAGGCUGUUCGAGACCAUGCCCUUAUUAAGGAGUGUUUUCCAGGUGGCGUUCACUGGCUUUCUGUCGGCCAAUGUGAGCGGACAGACCUGUUGGUAAGGAUGCAGUCUUUAUGUUUCCGUUUGGAGCAGGGUCAAAGUUCAGAUGCCAGUCUGCGGCCACCCUGCUCCGUGGAGGAGGCCAAAGAGCGUCUACGGUUUCUAAUGCACCGCAGGUUCCCCAGAUCCCUGCUGAUUCUGGACGAUGUGUGGGACAGCUUUGCUCUCAGGUCCUUUGAUAUCCAGUGCAGAGUUCUUCUGACCACGCGUAAUCGAAGUCUGGCCGACUCUGUGAGCGGUACAAGGUUUGAAGUGCCCGUUGAGAGCGGUCUAGAUGAGGAGAAAGCCCUGGAAAUUCUUGCUUUGUAUGUCAAUGGGAAACCACAGAAACUUCCAGAAGAGGCCCGUAGCAUUGUGAGCGAAUGUAAAGGUUCUCCUCUGGUUGUUUCUCUGAUUGGAGCUCUAUUGAGGGAGUUCCCUGACCGCUGGAGCUACUACCUGCGACAGCUGCAGAAGAAGCAGUUCAAGCGGAUCCGUAAGUCAUCGUCCUACGACUAUGAAGCUCUGGACCAGGCCAUGGAUGCCAGUCUGCAGGUUUUGGAGCCAGAACACAGAGAUCUGUACAGAGACCUGAGCGUCAUGCAGAAAGACAUCAAAGUGCCUGCUAAGGUUCUGUCAGUACUGUGGGGUCUUGAGUUGGAGGAGGUGGAGGACAUCCUACAGGAGUUUGUGAAUAAAUCUCUGCUGUUUCGAGACUGUAACCAGCGACCAUACCACUAUUACCUUCAUGAUCUGCAGCUGGACUUUCUCGUCGAACAGAAUCGUGAUCAAAUUGCUGAACUACAUAAAAAGAUGAUCCGUCAAUACCAGCAGUUCUACAAUGAAAGGCCACCCAGCUCUGGAGAUAUAGACUGCUUGUAUUGGUACCGCUUCCUCCCAUACCACAUGGCUAAAGCAGGACUGUCUAAGGAGCUUUAUUCACUGAUGUUUUCUUUGGACUGGGUCAAAGAGAAAGCUCAGAUUAUGGGAUCUGCCCAUCUUAUCAACGAUUAUGUAGAAUAUGGUGAAAUACUAGAUAAAGAGAAUAGUGAGGUGAGACUGCAGUUUCAGGAGUUCCUGUCUUUAAAUGGACAUCAUUUGGAGCAGAGGCCGUUUCCUGACAUAGUGCAGUUGGCUCUGUCUCAGCCCGUGUGUUCAGAGGUUUACAGACAGGCCUUGAUGCAGGCGCAGAAAAGGGCCAGCAGAGGGCAGCUCUGUCUGGACUGGGUGAACAAAAAUAAUCAGGACAGUUUGUCCAGGCUGGUCAUGCAUCCUCACCAGGGGUCUGUCUACUAUGCUUGCUUUUCCAAAGAUGGGAGUAAAAUCGCCUCUUGUGGGGCCAACAAGGCGCUGCGGGUGUUUAAAACAACCUCUGGAGAGAAACUUCUGGAGCUUCAGGCUCAUGACGAAGAUGUUCUGUGCUGUGCCUUCUCUCCAGAUGACCGUUACAUUGCUACCUGCUCCAGUGACAGGAAAGUUAAGUUGUGGAGUGUUGAGCGGGGUACUCUUAUCAGAGAGUUUGGGGAGGAACAUGAGGAACAGAUAAACCACUGCCAGUUCACCAACACAGGCCGACGUGUCCUGCUGGCCACCUGCUCAAACGACAAAUUCACCAACACUAAACUAUGGAAUCCCAACAAGCCGACCUCUCAGAACACUAUGUUUGGACACAUGGAACCUGUCAAUCACUGCUGCUUUUCUCCUAACGACGCCUACCUUGCCACUUCAUCCAGUGACGGCACCUUGAAGCUGUUUGAGGUGUCAUCUGCGAAUGAGUGGAAAUCAAUUGAUGUCAAUAGUUUUUUCCCAGAGAGUGACGAUGAAAUAAAAGCCAUUGUGAAAUGCAGCACUUGGUCGGCCGAUGGCUCACGGAUCAUUUGUGCUGCCAGAAACGCUGUGUUUGUGUUUGAGGUAAAGACGUCAGACAUGCUGUUGGAGAUGAAGACGAGUCGUCUGAGCACAGUGCAGUACUGCCACGCGUGUCCCAACAGCAGCCUGCUGGCCGUUGCUCUCUCUCAUUACACUGUAGAGUUGUGGAACUUUGAGACCAGUAAAAAGAAAGCCGAAUGCAACGGUCAUCUAAGCUGGGUUCAUUGUGUCCAGUUUUCACCUGACGGCUCACUCCUGCUGUCCUCCUCCUCUGAUCAGACCAUCAGGCUGUGGGAAACAGAUCGGGUUCACACCUCCUCUGCUGCGGCUCUGAAGCGGGAUUCUGAUGUUCUCUUCUCCCACAGUGAUGUUACAAUAGUGGCACCAGACAGCAGAAACCGAUUACAGGUACGGACCGGAUCGGCAGGUGCCAUUCUGUUUGAGAGUGAAGAGUUGCCGUCCAGGAUUCGCUGUACGUGUAUCAGCAGAAAUGCUUCAUUUGUGGCCCUAGGAACUGAGGAUGGAACUGUACAGGUGUUGGAGGUUCCAUCUGGAAAAACUUCACUGAAGCUCACAGGUCACACUAGGACUGUUCACCACUGUCAGUUCACUGAUGAUGGUGAAACCCUCAUCACAUCCUCAGAAGACACCACUGUCCGGGUGUGGAAGUGGAGGACAGGUGAGUGUCUGGUGCUGGAGGGCCAUAAGGAGCCGGUCAGGAAGUUUCACCUGUUGAACAACUCUUCUUCAUCUCACCUAUUCUCAUGGUCGUUUGAUGGCACUCUUAAGGUCUGGGAUCUGAACAGAGGACAUAUGCUGCAAGACCUUGAGUGUCAUAAGGGUGCUGUCCUGUCAUGUGAUGUGUCCUCUGACGGACAUCUCUUUGCCACCACAUCGGCCGACAGGACUGCUAAGGUAUGGAGCAGUGCCUCGUGGGAGAACACUUUUUUGCUGAAGGGACACAAGGACUGCGUUCGUAGCUGCCGUUUUUCUUGGAACAACAAGCGACUUGCGACGGGUGAUGACAACGGAGAAAUCAGGCUGUGGAGCAUGCUGGAUGGAGCUCUUCUGAAGAUCUGUUCCCGGGACACUAAGGACUCCAUGGACUCUUUCCACGGUGGAUGGGUGACUGACCUGCACUUCUCCCCUGAUAACAGAGAACUGGUCUCUACCGGCGGAUACAUCAAGUGGUGGAGCGUGGAGACCGGCGAGGCCUUGCAGACAUUCUACACGAUGGGAGCCAAUCUGAAGAAGAUCCACGUGUCACCCGAUUUUACCACCUUUGUCUCUGUGGAUGGCAUCGGUAUCCUUUAUGUUUUAAAGAAGGUGGAGGGAGGAAGCUUAUAGAUGUUGUUCUCUACAAUGUUGGGAACAAAACAUUUUUAGAAGACACUUGGGAGCGCAAGAAAUGGGUUUGUUGAUGACUUCAAAUUCAAUUGUAACAAUUAAAAAAAAAAAAAUUUCUUACUGAUGUUUCAUAAUGCUGAAUUGAAGAAUCUGUCCUUUUCUAUGACAAUGUCUUUGUGCUGUCGCAAUCGAAGCCAAAUACUCUGACCCACAUUAACAAAAGCCUUUGUAUCUUUUGUUAGAGCUUACGCAGCCCAGCGUCGGAUUUCCUCAGAGUCCAUGCGUUUGAACCAAUGCUUUAAUGUUUAGUAAAUGUGUGAAAAGAAGCAUAUUUUGGGUGAUGUGCUUAAGGUUUGAUUUGUGACAGUGGAGUUUCAUGCAAGGGCUUUAAGUUGGCUCGCCAAUUAAGUGAGGAACACUAUUGUAACCUUGUUAUGACUACAUCAUUUAGUUUGUGGGUAGGUUUCUCAGUGAGACUUGAAGAAAAACAAGGAAUUACAGAUUUUCAGCGUUGUCUUAAAAAAAAAAACACCAAGUAAAUGUGUAAUGAUACAAAUAUGAAGUGCUGUAACCAGAGUACAAUUUGUCCAUGCAGGUACACCACUGGAUUAUCAAAAGGUGAACAUGUAAUUGUUUUUGGUGUUUAAGCAUGUUGUAAUGUGAAUAUAAAAAUGCAAUACAAUCAAUGAAGACCAAGGCAAGUAGUCUGACUGUCAUUGAUGGUACGAUUGAUGUUAAGGAAUUUAUUAUUGGCACAUUUGUUCUUCCCCAGCGCUUUACGGCAUACAGCAUGAAAGUAGAUGCAAGUGAUUUUUGCAUGUCCCAGGUAAGAAAUGUUAAAGAGCAAAAAAAUGUAGAUCUUUUGUGUGUGUGUUUAAAAGGGAGGAGGGCAGCGCAAUGCACGGCAGUGCUUACACCGCAGCGGUCACGCUCCGUCUGUUUCUGACACUUCCUGUUGGCAGCUGGCUGAUGAAAACAGACAGCGCACUGUUGUGUCUAAAUGUCAUUGUUGAGCGCUGCAUUGUACAGUCAGCGGUAGACUGCAUUAGUUGUUUGUGAGAGAAGUGUUUUUUGUGUUAAGUAUGAAGAUGUAGUGUUUUUGUUUUGAGGUGAGAGGAGGCAGGUCUGUGAAGCCCCUUUUCUGUAUGUGCCGAUCACACAAUGACAUUCUCAAUCACCGCAACAAGCCACAACCUCACAUCGCACUAGGCUGGGGUGCCCAAUCCUGUUCUUGGAGAUCCACCUUCCUGUACAGUCCACUUCCAACUGUAAUCAAAGGCACCUGUCUGUAAUUAUCAACUUUUUCUGAAUGACUUUAGUUGCUUGUGGGUUUAAAAUGACCUUUGCUGGUAGGUACAUCUCCACAAACUGGAUUGGGCACCCCUGCGCUACAUUUCCCACAGACCAUUGACAAGCUUGCCAUUCAAUGAUAUCACAUUCUAUCACCCAAGCCAGCUCAUCUGUGGUAUGAACAAGAGCUCCCUCUUUUUACUUUUUCAGCUCUCCUUUACUGGUGAAAUUGUUGCUAGAGGUUCAGUGAAAACUCAACUUUCUCUAAACCAUUACAUAACCCACCAUAGCAUCCCCAAGCUGAUGCCACAUGUGGUCAAAGUCUGCUUUGUUAAAUGCUUUUUUUUUUUUUUUUGGCCUUAUGCAGAUGUAACAACUGAUUUUUGGAAUAGGCCGGGUGAUUUUCUGUUCUAUCCCUUUCCUUAGCAUGUAUUGACUAUUGAGGUAUAGAGAUCAUUUAUCUUGUGCAUCUCAAUUACACAUUUCAAACCAUUUCUUAAGCACAUUAAACAAGUGUUUGCAUUUUACGCAAUUGUCCAUUUCACUUUUGACUAGUUACUCCACUUUACCUAAUUACACAGUAGGGGUUGCAUCGACUAGUCGGCUUAAAAAUAAAUGCA